GGCACAAUACAAACACCAACCUUGACCAAAUUCAACUUCACUCCACCACCACUGCCUUCUCCACAAAUAUCAAAACACAAGAAGCAGCAUCUCAACUCUCAACAUAACAUAACAUUGACAGAGCGAGCCAGAGAUGCCGGAGGAAACCACGUCGAUCGACUAUGUCAUGGAGGCAGCCUCGGGGCCACACUUCUCCGGUCUCCGCCUCGACGGCCUCCUCUCCUCCCCGCCUCUCAACCAGCCCUUCGUUAUUGGUGUUUCUGGAGGUACUGCUUCUGGGAAGACCACUGUCUGCGACAUGAUUAUUCAGCAGCUUCACGAUCACCGCGUUGUUCUUGUCAAUCAGGAUUCAUUUUACCGUGGUUUGAGACCUGAAGAGUUGGAAAGAGUUCACGAGUACAAUUUUGAUCAUCCAGAUGCCUUUGACACCGAACAGCUAUUAGAGUGCAUGAGAAAGCUUAUUGCUGGCCAGAGUGUGCAGGUGCCAAUUUAUGACUUUAAGAAGCACCAACGGUGUUCAGAUAGUUUUCGGCAGGUCAAUGCUUCUGAUGUCAUUAUAUUGGAGGGAAUUCUUGUAUUCCAUGAUCAGGAUGUCCGGGAUUUAAUGAACAUGAAGAUCUUUGUUGACACAGAUGCUGAUGUGAGACUAGCUCGUAGGAUUAGACGUGACACAGUGGAGCGAGGGAGGGACAUAAACUCUGUUCUUGAACAGUACGCAAAGUUUGUUAAGCCUGCCUUUGAUGAUUUUGUUCUACCGUCAAAGAAGUAUGCUGAUGUGAUCAUUCCUCGGGGAGGUGAUAAUCAUGUUGCCAUUGAUUUGAUCGUGCAACAUAUCCGCACAAAGCUUGGUCAACAUGAUCUGUGCAAAAUAUAUCCAAAUGUUUAUGUUAUUCAAUCAACAUUCCAGAUAAGGGGGAUGCAUACAUUGAUUCGUGACAAAGACAUAUCAAAGCAUGAUUUCGUAUUUUAUUCUGAUCGGCUUAUUCGUCUGGUUGUUGAGCAUGGUCUUGGUCAUCUCCCAUUCACCGAAAAGCAAGUCGUUACUCCAACAGGAUCUGUCUACACUGGUGUUGAUUUCUGCAAGAAACUAUGCGGUGUUUCAAUUGUUCGAAGUGGUGAGAGCAUGGAGAAUGCACUUCGCGCAUGUUGUAAGGGCAUUAAAAUAGGGAAAAUUCUGAUUCAUCGGGAUGGAGACGAUGGACAACAGGUAUAUAAAACUUUCAGAACAGAAGUGACUUAUAGGAGAGACCUCAUCUAUAGGAUGGAUGUUGUGUUUAAUGGUAGAAUCCUUUGCUUUUUUGAGCAGCUUAUAUAUGAGAAGCUUCCCAAGGAUAUUUCAGAACGGCAUGUCUUGCUUCUCGAUCCUGUCCUUGCUACAGGUAACUCCGCCAACCAAGCAAUUGAGUUACUCAUUCAGAAAGGAGUUCCAGAGUCCCACAUUAUAUUCCUGAAUCUCAUUUCUGCUCCUGAGGGGAUCCAUUGUGUGUGUAAACGGUUUCCCUCACUGAAAAUUGUCACAUCUGAGAUUGAUGCCGCCUUAAACGAUGAGUUUCGGGUUAUCCCUGGAUUGGGGGAGUUUGGGGAUCGCUACUUUGGUACAGAUGAUUGAUUCUACAGGCUAAGUGUAACCUGAUCUAUUUGGGUAGGCUGCGUAGUCAUAAGAAAUGAAAAGGAGAACAAUGCAUUGUAAUGAGAUAUAAAAGAUUCAGAAGCCGACUUUGUCUAUGAUUUGGUGCAACCAGAUUAAAAUAAAAACGAGCGUAACUCACUGUUAUAUUGAUAAUGCAUGAGUGGUUUUCAUCA